ACACACACACACACAUACAGUGAGUCCUCUUCUCUUCUGCUAAGAGUUCCUGCCCUUUUCCAGCUCCACUUUUUGUCGGAAUGUACGCUUGAUAGACUGUAUCUUCUAAUUAUUCCCGGAUAUCCUGAAGGAUUUCUGAUCAGGUUCUGGGUGAGGUGAGGAAUGUGGAAGAGGAGAAUGAUGCUGUUUAAAGUGAUUAUCCUGUGCUUACUCUACGUGGCAGCAGUUGGCCAGGCGCUGGACUGUCACAAAGUACAAGAAUGCCCCAUAGACCUGUACUUUGUUAUCGAUACAUCAGAGACCAUCGCUUUGCAGGAGCCUCCACCAGGUAGCCUGGUUGACAGUGUCACAAAUUUCACUAGGAAAUUUGUUGAAAAGCUGGAAGACAUAGAGUACAAGGGCAAGGUGAAGAUUAGCUGGACUGUGGGUGGACUCCACUUCUCCAUGACACAGAAGAUCAUUAGCAGUCUUACCAAUAAGGAUGAAUUCAUCAGGGAAUUAAGGAAGAUCAGCUACUUAGGCAAGGGCACCUUCAUUGACUGCGCCCUCAAGAAAAUGACUGAGGAAAUUAUGAUCAAAAAUGUUGGUCCUACGAGCAACGCCAAGACACAGCGCUUUGCAGUCGUCAUCACAGACGGUCAUGUGACUGGGAACCCCUGUGAAGGCAUCAAGGUGGCAGCAGAGCAGGCUCGCGACAAGGGCAUUAAGAUAUUUUCCAUAGCAUCAUCCAACAAGCUGGAGGAAAUAGGCCUUAGAGAAAUUGCUAAUUCUCCCAUUGGGGUUUACCGCAGCAACUACAUGGCUGUUGAUCUCGCCAAAGGACGACCUGAGAUUUUAACAGAACAUAUUGACCGCAUUUACAGCGCCAUGCUACAUCUAGCUUAUCAAGAGUGCUACAGUGUGCAAUGCCUGCAAACACCUGGACCUCCAGGUCCAUUCGGUCCAAGGGGACAGAAAGGUGCCAAAGGAGACAGUGGUCCUACGGGUCCCAAAGGUGACAGAGGUCACCCUGGUGAUCCUGGUAUUGAAGGUCCUAUUGGUUACCCUGGACCAAAAGGAGAACGCGGUGCCAAAGGUGAAAAGGGAGAAAUUGGCUCACAAGGAAGGAAGGGAGUUGCAGGGGUGCCAGGACGCAAUGGCACCGAUGGUCAGAAGGGCAAAAUUGGCCGCAUUGGGCCUCCUGGCUGUAAAGGUCAACCAGGUGACAAGGGUCCUGAUGGUUAUCCUGGAGAUGUAGGAGACAGUGGCCCAAAAGGAGGUUCUGGAGAGAAGGGAGAUCCAGGUCGACCUGGGAGAGCAGGGCCACCUGGGUCACCAGGAGAGCCUGGUCCCAAGGGUGAAAUUGGUAGUCCAGGCACACCAGGUAUCCCUGGACAGAAGGGCCCUAAAGGGACAGCUGGAGGCCCUGGCCCUAAAGGCGACCCUGGAAGAAGAGGAGACUAUGGACCAAAGGGAAUUCCAGGACCUGAUGGACCAAAGGGAGACAAGGGUGAACCAGGACCUGAAGGUUCAAGAGGGCUUUCAGGUGAAGCUGGCAAUAAAGGAGUCAAGGGAGAUCCAGGACUUCCAGGACCAAGAGGUCCACCAGGACAAACAGGAGAGCCAGGAAGAAAUGGGAGCCGUGGUGACCCUGGUGAUUCUGGCCCAAGAGGCGACCAAGGACCCCCAGGACCAAUCGGUGACCGUGGCAGACCAGGAUUCAGCUACCCUGGACCAAGAGGACCAACGGGUGACCCAGGAGAUAAAGGUAGACCUGGAGUUCGAGGAAGCAGAGGAGACUGCGGUCAAAAAGGAGAGCCGGGACAGAAAGGAUUACCAGGAGAACCUGGAGAGCCUGGAUCUGAAGGUGAGCCUGGACAAAGGGGGGAUCCGGGAGAGCCAGGUAGAGAUGGUGAUCCUGGUCCAGAGGGAGACCCAGGCCUUACAGAUUGUGACGUCAUGAACUAUAUCAGAGAGACCUGUGGGUGUUGUGAUUGUGAGAAGAGGUGUGGAGCACUGGAUAUUGUAUUUGUAAUUGACAGCUCUGAGAGUGUGGGACUAACAAACUUCACCCUGGAGAAGAACUUUGUAAUCAGCACCAUCAACAGAUUGGGCUCAAUGGCUAAGGACCCCCACUCAGAGACAGGAACACGUGUUGGUGUGGUCCAGUACAGUCACAGCGGAACCUUCCAGGCCAUCCAGCUAAAUGACUCCAAGAUCGAUUCCCUUUCAGCUUUCAAAGAUGCUGUGAAGAAUCUGGAGUGGAUUGCUGGUGGCACAUGGACUCCAUCUGCCCUGAAAUUUGCCUAUGACAACCUGAUUCGUGAUAGUCGACGGUCCAAGGCUAAAGUGACUGUGGUGGUGAUCACAGAUGGUCGCUUUGAUCCCCGCGAUCAAGACGCACUGCUAAGUUACCUCUGCGGGGAUGACACUAUUGAUGUAAAUGCCAUUGGCGUUGGAGACAUGUUUGAAAAGGAAGAGGAAUCUGAGAGUUUGAAGUCCAUUGCCUGUGACAAGCAAGAUAGAGUGAUGGGCAUGAAGCGAUUUGCUGACCUGGUGGCAGAGGAAUUCAUUGACAGGAUUGAGACUGUUCUCUGCCCAGACCCAGUGAUUGUCUGCCCUGACCUUCCAUGCAAAUCUGAGCCAGCAGUGGCCAAUUGCGCUCAGCGCCCUGUUGAUCUUGUGUUCUUGCUGGAUGGUUCUGAACGCAUGGGCUUGGAUAACUUUCAGAGGGUCCGUGAGUUUGUGGAUAAAGUGGCUCACCAGCUGGUCUUGGCUCAGAAUGCCAGGGACAAAAAUAAUGCCCGUGUAGCUCUGCUACAGUAUGGCGAUGAAAACCGUCAGGAGGUGGUCUUCAGACUUUCACACAAUCUCACCAUCAUCUCUGAUGGCCUCGCAAACAUGAAGUACAUGGAUGCGUCUUCGAACGUAGGCAGUGCCAUUAUGUAUGCCGUCAAUAACAUCCUGCAGAGUGGAAACACCCGCUUGGUUCGUAGCAAUGCUGAAAUCUCCUUUAUCUUUAUCACUGAUGGAAUCACCGACAAGAAGAAUCUGGAGGAAGGCAUAAGCUCCAUGCGCCGGGCAGAGGCUGUGCCUACUGUGAUCGCCAUGGGCAAGGAUGAAGAAGUUGACAAGGAAGUGCUGACAAAGCUCACUCUGGGAGACCAGACAGCUAUUUUCAGGGGAAAGGAUUACUCCCAACUGUCCAAACCCAGCUUCUUUGAUCGUUUCUUUCGAUGGAUCUGCUGAGGGAGAUGGGGUGACUUAAGUUCACACUAAUGUAAGGGGGGAAUUGGUGUGUUAUUGGAGUCAGCUUGGUCAUUAGGGUCAUUAUCUGAAUUUGCAGGACGUAUCUUUCAUUUACGAUCUUAUUAAAUUAGAUUUUCUUUUUCAACUGACGGACUUUUGAAGUUCAAUAGAAAAAUAUCUGUGGGUUGUUCCGUCAUUAUCAUGCUCACUCCAUAUUGUACCAGUGGAUUUGGGAGAAGGGAACAAGAAGACACUACAGUAAAGUUAAAUGCCAAACACUUAAAAUUACUGACUGAAUGUUUAAACUACAAGUUGCCAUUGUUGAUUUUUUUGGUAAAUUUCUGUAUUUUUAACUGAAUUACCGGAAUUGUUUUGUAUACACACUAAGGUGCUAAACUAGAGCAAGACUGGAGUUUUUCCUGUAUGUCUAGGCAAGACGUUUCCAUGAGAUGUUACAUAUCAGCAGAAACCAGUUAGGGUUCAAUGAAAUCAUUUUGAUAAAUACUCAUUUUAUCUCAGUGUCAGUCCUAGUCAGGUUUCAUGUCAGAUUUCAUGAUACAAAUCAACAAGUACCAAGUUUGUCAUCAUGGUUUUACUUACUUAACACAGGGAACCAGUCACACAACAGCUUCUUCUAUGAGUCACAGACAAAAAUAUUCUGCAAUUAAUCAGAGUGCACUCCUGCUUGGAUACAUGUUUAAGAAAUGGCAAUGCGUUUCAAGUUAAACUUUCAUAUUAAUUGUUUAUUAAAGGUAUGUUCAUGUACUUAGUUAUAAACAGAAUGAUCACAAUUGAUAAGUUUUUGAGUCUUUUACAGACAGUCUAAUUAGAUGUAGUCACUAAAUUUUCUAAUUCCAUGAAGAUGAAAUCAAUAUUUUAACAUUCUGUAGACACUUGAAGUGUCACUUCAGUGUUAGUACAAUAAAUCAGGUUGUGGUAAACUCAA